AUGAGCAACGAAUCCGAUCAUGACGGGUCCUGUACGCAGGGAGCUGACGGUGAGAUUCUGAAACCGACAUCUUCGCCGUCUCAGCAUCGUCACCGUCUUCAUGACAUAAUGUCCACCAGCGUCGAGGAGGUGGACGAACAGGUCCUCGAGGUGACGCAGUCGACGACCACGUCCAAUAGCACCACCAACCACGUACGAGUGCAGAAGACAUUCAAAAAUUUGCAUGAAUUUUCGGAAGAAAUGCUGGAAACCGAAAAGGCCGGCCUGGUCGAGCGAGUAUACGAUCUCGAGCGACAGGUGUUGGAGCAAAAGGAUGAAAUAGUCUGCCUAAAGUCUACUUUGGCCGAUGUGCUGCGGCGGCUAGCGACGAUAGAUAACAGCUACGAGAACAGUACGAGUGGUAGCGGUAGAGGUGGAAUCGGGACGACAGCAGCGGGCUUGGGAGGAACAGCAGGUGGACAUGCGGUCAGCGAUAACGUUACAGCUGGUGGGCAGAAUAGUUUAUCCAGCAAAAGUUUCCGCUUCUCCCGCAACACACUGACGAGGCUCAACUCAAGUGUGGAGGAAAAACGCUUUGGCAGAGGUCCAUCUCGUGUGACCAGCUCUCCAUCCCGUGUGAAGACGAACCUGGCGCAAAAGGCCAUCCACUAUUCGAACGGUUCGCUGCACUCGGACUCAAUGAGUAGUCACUCGAUAUCGCCUGCACCUUCUCCAUCACCGAGGCAACCGAAUGCUGCUGCAAUAGCCAACUCUCAGCAUGCCCUACUCGCCUCUUCUGGCAUGGGCAAGCGGUGGUCGUCGACUGGUGACUUCAUCAGCUCUCCCGGAAGCCCAAGUGGUACUGGAAGCAGUGGAAGCAUGUCGAGGUUUUCGGCCAAAUCGCUACUGAAUCUCAGUGGCAACACCAGCCGCCAGGGUCAGUCACAUCCAUACGUACAGCGCAAAAACGAUGACGACGAGUACGUGAAGCUAUACAUUAGCGGGCGUCCAAUCGUGAUCCACAUUCCCGAGGCACAACUGUCCACGUAUGAGAUGACGAAAGUACAACCGGCCCCAAACAAACGCUUGCGGCUUGAUUGGGCUUACGGUUACCGAGGCAAGGACUGCCGGUCGAACCUGUACCAGCUGCCGACGGGUGAGAUGGUGUAUUUCGUGGCGGCUGUCGUCAUCUUGUACAACAUGGACGAGCACACGCAGCGACAUUAUCUCGGUCACACGGACGAUGUGAAGAGUUUGGCUGUGCAUCCUAACAAACUGCUGGUGGCCAGUGGACAGUGCGGCGGUCACGAAGGUCGUGAAUCGUUGCCGCACAUUCUCAUCUGGAAUUCCGUGUCGCUAGCCACAUUGAACAUGAUCGGAUGCGGUGAAUUCACCGGCUCCAUCAACUGCCUCUCGUUUAGCCGGGCAGACAGUGGCAGCAUUCUGGCCGCCAUCGAUGAUUCCCCGGACAAAACCAUCUCGAUUUGGGACUGGCAAAAGAAGGAAGGAGGUCGCAAGAUCACCGAAACCAAGUGCUCCGUCGAUACAGUUGUAGCUGUCGAGUUUCAUCCGCUGGAUAAGGGACAAAUCAUCACGAUCGGCAAGAACCACAUCGCAUUCUGGUCACUCGACCAGAACGGCAUGCUCUACAAGCGGAUGGGUGUGUUUGAGACCUUUGAAAAGCCCAAGUACGUCACGGCCAUCUCGUUCACUCAGACAGGCGAUGUCGUGACGGGUGAUUCGAGUGGGAAUCUAGCCGUCUGGAAACGUGGCACCAACGUGAUCAGCCGCUUCUUAAAGAAAGUACAUGAAGGGCCGGUAUUUACCAUCUGCGCCCUGCGAAACGGUGGGUUCGUUACCGGUGGCAAGGAUGGGCUGCUGUUACUGUUUGAUGAUGCACUACACAUGAAAGCGGAGCAGAUAGUUGAGGCCCACUUUGGAGCAGUUCGCGUGGUUGCACAAGGCAAAGGCUCUCAGCUGCUUGUUGGUACGACGAAAAAUUGCAUCCUGUCAGGCGAUUUUACCCUCAGCCUCGUGCCUAUCGUUAUGGGACAUACGGACAUCCUAUGGUCUUUAUCGACGCACCCGCAAGUGGCCCAUUUCGUUACUGGCGGCCGUGAUCGAUUGCUGCAGCUCUGGGAUUCGCUGUCGCACUCGGUCGUGUGGAGUAAGGAUAUCGGUGAACCCAUUCACUCAGUUCAGAUCGCGAAUGGGGGCGACGUGAUCUUGGCUGGUGGCGUCGGAGGCCGAUGGUCGGUGUUCGACAUAGUGACACGCGAACUGUUGGCCACGUAUACCGAUGGGCAAGAGGUGAUACAGUGUUUGCUGUUCUCACCGGACAGCAACCUUCUGGCUGUUGGUUCCAAAGACAAUUCUAUAUACAUUUAUCAGUGCACGAAGAUACCGCACCGGUUUUCGAAGAUUGGUAAAUGCACGGGUCACUCAAGUUUCAUAUCACACUUGGAUUGGUCAAAGGACAGUCAGGUAUUGCGAUCAAAUUCAGGCGACUAUGAAAUUCUUUACUGGAAUCCUACUCUAUGUCGGCAAAUUACGAGCCAAAGUACAGUAAAGAAUCUAGAAUGGGACACACAAAACUGUGCGGUGAGCUUCGAAACGAUCGGUAUCUGGCCAGAGAACUUCGACGGCACGGACAUCAAUAGUGUGUGCAAGGAUGGCGAAGAGCAAUUCCUGGUUUGUGCUGAUGAUUUCGGCAAAAUUCGCCUCUUCAGUUAUCCAGCUUCGCAGCCAAAGUCGUUAUCGCAUAGUUACAGGGGACACAGUAGUCAUGUGACGGCGGUACAAUUUAUGCACGAUGGGGUUCGCCUUCUUUCGGCAGGGGGUAUGGAUACGAGCGUACUGCAAUGGAGGGUAGUCUAGAAAGUAGCCUACAACAAGGAUCGGCAGAUGCAGGAUGCAUUCGAUAAAAGUUUACAAAGCAUUUCCACUUCUUUUCCAAAUCCCGUCUGUCUCGGUCGGCUCGUUUUUCAGAUUCACGAAUGAACAGACGCGUGAUUAAGAAGAACAAAGUUUAUUUUAUUGUACCUAGCACCCCUACUAACUUAUUAUUUUAUCACGGAUAUCAGUAAGUAAAUGAAAAAAUAACAAAUAAAUUCUUAGUUC